AUGCGCUCUACCAAUGCAUCAAAUUCGGCGGAUGCUUUAUUUCAGACAUUUCAACAAUUUGAGACCCUACAAAAUGAUUUCCAGAAGGCACGAAAUGAGUGGCUCCACGAAGCAGGAGUUGGGGUACUUUCGACACUACGACAUGCGGAGGCGAUUGAAAGAGAUUUGUCGGGGAAAUUGAAGCAAUUCGAUGGAGUGCUUGUCAGCUUUUCUGCACAGAGUGAGACAGAGAUCAACAAUAUUGACAAUGUCGUUGAGGCUCGUCGAACGCGAUCUACAAACGUCUCGCUCAGUGCAGGAAUUCAGAUGGAAAUCUUGCGCUUGGUGGAAAUGAAGGUACUACUCCCAGAGAAGAUGUGGCACACAGAGACUGGCAUUCUAGAAAAACUAGACGAAUUCUUGAUCAGAUCCCAUCACGACCCGAAUAUCAAUGACUACGUUGCUCUUCAACAAGCCUCAUUGGAAAUCUUGGGACGAGUUUUCGAAUGUAUUCUGUCUAACAAUGUGAUAUAA